ACACUGAGAGGUGAAAUGGCGCAGAGAGGAGUUCAGCUGGACGAGGAGAGCUUCUCCUGUGGGAUCUGUCUGGACCUCCUGAGGGAUCCGGUCACGACUCCCUGCGGUCACAACUACUGCAUGAAGUGCCUGAAAAGCUUCUGGGAUGAAGAAGACGAGAAGAAAAUCCACAGCUGCCCUCGGUGCAGGCAGAGCUUCACACCGAGGCCCGUCCUGCUGGAAAACAGCAUGUUGGCAGAGUUAGUGGACGAGCUGAGGAAGAGGGAAGCUGAUUUUUGCGAUGCCGGAGUCGGAGAUGUGGUCUGUGAUUUCUGCAGGGGGAGAAAACUGAAAGCUGAAAAGUCCUGCCUGCAGUGUCUGGCCUCUUUCUGCGAGCAGCACCUCCUGCCUCACUACGAAUCACCCACAUUUGAGAAACACAAGCUGGUGGAGCCGUCCAAGAGGCUGCAGGAGAACGUGUGCUCCCGUCACAAUGAGGUGAUGAAGAUGUUUUGUCGUACAGAUCAGCAGUGCAUCUGUUACAUCUGCUCCGUGGAGGAACAUAAAGGCCACGACACAGUGUCCGCUGAGGCGGAGAGGAGCCAGAGGCAGAGAGAGCUCGAGGGGAGUCGACUAAACAUCCAGCAGAGGAUCCAGGACAGACAGAAAGACGUGAAGCUGCUGCAGCAGGAGGUGGAGGACAUCAACGGCUCCGCUGAUAAAGCAGUGGAGGACAGUGGGAAGAUUUUUACUGAGCUGAUCUGUCUCAUGGAGAAAAAAAGCUCCGAUGUGAAGCAGCAGCUCAGAUCGCAGCAAGAAACUGAAGUGAGUCGUGUGAAAGAGCUGCAGGAGCAGCUGGAGGAGGAGAUCGCAGAGCUGAAGAGGAGAGACGCAGAGCUGAAGAGGAGAGACGCAGAGCUGGAGCAGCUCUCACACACAGAGGAUCAGGUUCUGCAAACCUCACUGUCACCACUCAGAGAAUCACACAGCAUCAAUAUCCGUCCUCUGACGUACUUUGAGGACAUGACAGCGGCUGUGUCCAAGGUCAGAGACAAACUACAGGACAUUCUCAGCGAGGACUGGACCAAGAUCUCGCAGACGGUGACCGACGUGGAUGUUUUACCUCCAGAUUCGCAACCAGAGCCCCAAACCAGAGCUGAUUUCUUAAAAUACUCAUGCGAGCUCACAUUGGAUCCAAACACAGCAAAUAGACAUCUUUUACUAUCCGAGGGGAACCGAAAAGCUGCAUUAAUGAAGCAACACCAAUCGUAUCCCAGUCACCCGGACAGGUUCAACAGCUGGUCUCAGGUCCUGAGCACAGAGAGUCUGACUGGACGUUGUUACUGGGAGGUGGAGAAGAACGACUAUGGCGUUUAUGUCGCAGUCGCAUACAAGAACAUCAGACGAGCAGGGCGAUCAUAUCAAUGUGCAUUUGGAUACAAUGACAAAUCUUGGGUGUUAUAUUGUGCCAAAAACAGUUAUACGUUUUGGAACAACAACGCCAAAACGAAUGUGUCGGGUCCUCAGUCCUCCAGAGUGGGAGUGUACCUGGAUCACACUGCAGGUGUCCUGUGCUUCUACAGCGUCUCCGACACCAACAUGACUCUCCUCCACAGAGUCCAGACCACGUUCACUCAGCCGCUCCACGCUGGAAUUCGGCUUUAUUACCAUGGAAACACUGCUGAGCUGUGUAAACUUAAAUAACCAGGUCAUUUAAAGGUCCAGAGUGUAGGAUUUGAGGGGAUAUACUGCCAGAAAUAAUGUAAAUACUGUAAUGAGUAUGUUUACUAUAAUGUAUAAUCACCUUAAAAUAAGAAUCAUUGCGAUUUUGUUACCUUACAGUGAGCCGUUUGUAUUUACAUAAGGGAGCAGGUCCACAUGUGUUGCAUCGCCAUGUUUCUACAGAAGCCCAGAAUGGACAAACCAAACACUGGCUCUGGACUGGGACAUUCACAUUUUCACACUGGCUGCUAUAGUUAGCAGUCUCUCCAUUACU